AUGGCAUCCAACAUGUAUAACGGCGUCCGAGCAGAGCCCAAGUUCUUAAGGGAUCCUACUUCAUUCGAGAGUAUAUCCUCAGGUAUAUCGAGGAUAUCAUCUUACGUUGCAUCCAAUCUGUCCAAGCGAAAAUCAGCAAGCAUGCCAUCUCCAUUUGAUCCACACUAUCAACAAUACCAGGCUCAGCAACAGCAGGCUCAGCAGCAGGCCCAGCAGCAACAACAGGCUCAACAGCAGCCUGCCAUCAUGGACGAUGUUUUAGAUGACAUGGAUGAUGCAGACACCAUCACAUUUGCAUCUUUUGAGAAACUAGAGUAUCGAGAUAAGACCAUGUCAUGUCUGCUGUUGGGGUAUCAUGAUGGAUUUCAGCUGUGGGACAUUACGAAUCCAGACAAUGUGCAUGAGCUUGUUUCCAUCAGAGAUAAAGAUACAUUUGGCGUAGUAUCAUUCAUUCAUAUAGUACAAGGCCAGCAAGAGCCUGUAUUAGCCAUCAUAUCUGAAACUACAACAACUGCAACUACAUCCAGUUUACAGCAACAUAGCAGUAAUGAACAAACACACAACAGAAUGAGCUCAAAUUCAUCCACGUCGACAACCUCCACCAUGGCAUCCUCACGUCUCAUUAUCUAUUCGCUACAAUCACAAUCUAUCAUCAAGGAAAUCAAUGAUUUUGGUGAGGAAGAGAAUGAUGAUACAGUGGUAGUCACAUGCAUAAAAAGUAACCACAAGGUCAUUGUACUCGGUUGUUUAUCUCGUCAUCGUUCGUCGCUUCGAAUUCUGUCAGCUGCAGAUUACACACCUUUCGCUACACCGUUGACUGAUAUAUACCAUGCCCCCAAUCAAGGUCCUAUAUUCACAUUAGGCUCUCGAUUCAUCGCUUAUGCCACAAAUACUGCGGUAUUGAAUUCAGAUCCAGUCAUGACCUCCUUAACGAAUAAGAGCAUUAGUUACAGUGUGUUGCAAGGCGAUAAAGAUGUAAAAGGUGCUGCUAAAGACAUUGCCAAAGAAGUCGUGAGUGGUAUGAAGACACUGGGCGAAUUUGGUUUCAAUACACUGCAAAACUACUUUGGCAAUCAGCCUCCACCUCAGUCUCAGGGACCACCUCCACCAGCACCACAAGAGAUAUACGAUGCGUCGAGUCCGUCCAAUCGAAGAACCAGUUUUCAGAACAGCUCACCCAAAGACAAUCUAUACAUCAACUCAAGCAGCUCGUCGAAUUCAGCUAAAAAGAUGGUGCCAUCUGGCAUGAUCAUGAUCAGAGACAUUUUAAAGCUGCCCAAGACACCUACCAGAAAUCUAUCUCUGUCCAUCAUUGCACAUUUUAGACCGCACACCCACCCAGUGUCUUGCCUGACCUUUAACCAAGCAGGCACACUGCUCAUGUCUGCCUCCAAGCAGGGCCACACAUUCCACAUUUUUAGCAUCCUGACCAACACGGCGCACGGCAAUGCCUCUCAUUUGUACAGUCUAUCCAGAGGCAUUACCGAUGCUCAGGUUGUCGACUGCCAGUUCUCAGUGGACUCUACAUGGUGUGCCAUUACGACUGCAAGAGGGACUACGCAUGUCUAUGCUAUCAAUCCUUACGGUGGCAAACCUGAGAUAUCUGGACAUGUGCACGGAAAGGUAAACAACCCUGUCUAUCAUCCAUUCAUGGCCAACAGCAGUAAAUCAAAGCCUAAAGCAACGACACUCAGUUCAGUGGUUCGCAUCAAGCAGAGAAGAAAGAUGCCAGGCAACAGCUUAAGCUCUUCUCAAGAUGACCUGGGAACAUUUGCUGGCCAACAAGGACAAAAUCCCAGUGGUUACUCUCAUGGCUACUAUGGUCCUACGCCUCCUCAGUACAUACCCUCCAUGAUGCCUCCCCCACCUGCUAUUAUACAUCGCAACAUCAGCAAGGAGCCUCGAGCCAAGAUUAUCGCCAUGUUUGUCACUGCUUCGAAAUCACCUUACCUUGUCAACAACAGUGUGUAUAAGAGCAAUCAGUCGUCUCACAACUCCUUAUCUUCGAAUUCUGAUUCCCCCAAUGCAAAUCCGUUGGGGACCAUCAAACAACAGGCGACCAACAUGUUGAGCUCUUUCGGAUCCAGCAUGAGCCAUCUACCAUACAUGCCUGCCAGUGCGAGUCAGCAAUCCAAGAAAUGGGACAAGAACAACAGCAGCAAUGACACGCUGAUGUUUGGAUUUGAUGAGGAAUACGAUGACUCAACAAAGAUGAUUAAUGACGAGGUUGGCUAUCAAGACAUGUAUUCAUUCCAUCCGGACGGUGUCUUGACACUGCACCGUUGCUGGGUAGCCAAGACAAUUGUCAAGAAACGAGAGAAUGGAUGUACACUAGAGAAGCUAGAUUUGUCGCUCAAGGAAGAAGAUGUGGCAGAGUGGCGAGUGGCUAGAAAUGCGGAUUGGGAUCAAGUAAAACUAUCUGUGGAUUCUUCUUUAUCUUCAUCGCCUGUCGUACCAGAGGAUGUUAGCAACGACGCACAAGGCAGCAAAAAGAAGAAGAACAAGGUCAACAACCAGAGCCAGAAGCAGACGUUUGCUGUGGAUACACGCAAAAAGAAGCUUUGGUUGUCCUAUGCAGAGAUCACCACCUAUACCAACGACGAGCCAGCUUUGUGGACGCAUCAUCAAUUCAGCUUCCAGACAUACCAAAAUACAAAGGACUUGCAACGUGUAUUGAAUGCAGGCAUUAUACCCAAAACAGAUACCUUGAUCAUGUUGAAGGGCAUGCCAGAACCUGUGUCUAGUCGCAUAGAUCGUGUUAGAAAGACGACGACGCGUAUCGCGAAUGACAGUGUUGAAGAGAAUAUGGAAGAUGCCUUGGCAGAGUUGGAAGACAACAUAUCAAAGGCAAUGCAGACCUCCUUCUCUCCAUCUAGCAACUCUAUGGGAAACAGCCCUGCUACCAAUCUCAAGUGGCUCUCCUCCAGUGCAAAUGCUGCCAUGAAUGCAUCUCCCUCUCCCUCAAUGACGAACAAGUCUUUCCUGGACAGAAAUUCCUCUCUUUCAUUCGAGGAUGCGUAUUUGAUCAAUAUGGGUAGUGGUCCAAGCCCUGAACCCUCCAUGCAUGGCCAUACACCUCAGCAACAGCAGCAGCCUCCACUACAAACAUUAGACAGCAGCUCGCUUAUUCAGUUUGAUGAUGACGAGGAGGAUAACAUUGAUGAUCUCAAGAGGGGAAUAGAUGUCAUUCGAGUAGAAGGUGAUGAGGAUGCUGAUGACGAUCAUGACGAGAUCAAGAGAUCACAUUCUAAACAGCAUCAGCAACAACAACAACAACAACAACAACAACAACAACAACAACAACAACAACAACAACAACAACAACUGUCAGAGGUGUAUUCUCCUGACGGUGAUAACGAAGUAGAGUAUCCUUAUGAAUCUGUAUAUGAAAAUAUACAUCAGCGUGUAGUCAAAGAGGAUAGCGACGAUGAUGACGAUCAGAUUCCUUGGUAG